AUCUAUUUCAAAGUUAUGUCAUAUUAAAUUAUUAUGGGCAUACGAGUCAGUUUUUUAUUUGUAUAGCGUAUUUUUUAGAUUUGAUUAGAUCAGAUCGCUACUCAGUUUUUGACGCCUUUAGUUUCCGGGGUGUGCAACCGCCUCACUUCCAAAGAAAUCAAAACACACACAAGUGACUAGACCCUUCUGAUUCCACCACUGGUUAAUUUCUCCAUUUCAACACCAACUGGGUUCAUUCUAAAUUCCAGGAAUCAUCUCUUCAUUCAUCAAUCAAACAUAUUUUGGUCACUGAUUUCUGGGAUAAUUGUUUUUUCUCUCCUAUACUCUACACCAUGGAUACUUCAGGGAAUUCUCAGGAGGUGAUGGGGCCUCCUGUGGAAGGUGUAGCAGGCGGAGGGACGUCGUAUGGAUGGAGUGAUGCCGGUUCUCAUCUUCCAAAUGUGAUGAAAGGGGACAUUGAUCCUUUAGAAGUUCCAUCUUCUGAAAUACUGAAUGUUUGGUGCAUGCCUAGUACCUCCAAUGUCGGGUCACAGGAGAUGCCUAGACAUUUGGAGCCAGUAAAUCUGUUGGCUGCUAGAAAUGAGCGAGAAAGUGUUCAAGUAGCUUUACGCCCAAAAGUUACUUGGGGUGGUUGUGGUAUAGCUGGAACUGUACAAGUGCAGGGUAAUAACCUUAUAUCUGCUUCAGGAGACCGGUUGGUUAUUGGUCAGUCCCUAAAGAUUCGACGGGUAGCGUCCAUUUUAGGGGUUCCAGAUGCACUUGUACCUCUUGACCUGCCUUGCUCUCAGAUAAACCUAUUUCCUGGAGAAACAACAGCAUUAUGGGUUUCCAUUGAUGUAUCAAGUGAUCAACCUCCUGGCAUUUAUGAGGGACAGUUAUACAUCACUGCUGUAAAGGCUGAUGCACCAUCUAGAGCACCAUGCAUGGGCAAGGCUGAAAAGCAUCAACUAUUCAGAGAAUUGAGGGACUGUCUUGAGCUUAUGGAACCAGUUGAUCAGAAUUCAAUGGAUGAAGUGGUUGACAGAGUAAAAUCUGCUACAUCAAAUCUGAGACGUGCUCUUCUGUCCCCAUCCUUUUCAGAGUGCUUGUCAGAUAAUGGUGCUGUCGAUUCGAUGGACGAAGACGCCAUUUCUAAUCGUUCUAUUUGUGUAAAACUCAGCUUGACUGUGUGGGACUUCGUACUUCCUGCUACACCUUCACUUCCUGCUGUAAUCGGUAUAUCAGAUACAGUAAUCGAGGAUCGAUUUGGCGUGGAACAUGGAAGUAAUGAGUGGUUUGAGGCGUUGGAUCAGCAUUUUAAAUGGCUACUUCAGUAUAAAAUUAGCCCAUAUUUCUGUAGAUGGGGUGAUGGCAUGCGUGUUCUGACUUACACGUGUCCGUGGCCAGCUGAUCAUCCAAAAGCAGACGAAUACUAUUCAGACCCAAGGUUGGCAGCAUAUGCUGUUCCAAUUCGUCCGGUAGUAUCAUGUGUUGAUGCUGGGCCCAAUUUUUUGCAGAAAGAGAUUGAUAUACUGAAGGCUAAGGACCACUGGAAGAAAGCAUAUUUUUAUUUGUGGGAUGAGCCACUGCAAGUGGAACAUUUUACUUCAAUCAGGAAGAUGGCUAGUGAGAUUUAUAAUUUCGCUUCAGAUGCACGCGUUUUGACUACGUACUACUGUGGCCCUGGUGAUGCACCUCUUGCCCCUACUUCCUUUGAGGCGUUUUUGAAAGUCCCGAAAUAUUUGCGACCUCACACUCAAAUUUACUGUACAAGUGAAUGGGUACUGGGUAAUCGAGAGGAUUUGGUGAAGGACAUAGUUGCAGAACUGGAGAAGGACGAGGAAUGGUGGACAUAUGUCUGCAUGGGACCAUCUGAUCCUCACCCUAAUUGGCACCUAGGAAUGAGAGGUACGCAACAUCGUGCAGUGAUGUGGCGAAUAUGGAAGGAAGGUGGAACUGGCUUUCUUUAUUGGGGAGCUAAUUGCUAUGAAAAGGCUUCAGUUCCCAGUGCAGAGGUACGAUUUCGGCGUGGGCUUCCUCCUGGAGAUGGCGUUCUCUAUUACCCUGGUGAAGUAUUCUCAUCUUCAAAAGAGCCUGUAGCUUCACUGAGAUUAGAGCGCCUUUUAAGUGGCUUGCAGGACAUUGAGUACCUAAGGCUUUACGCCUCCCGGUAUGGAAGAGAUGAGAGCAUUUCACUGUUGGAAAGAACUGGGGUUUAUGUUGCUCCUGAGCGCUACACAUACGAGCAUGUUCCUGUAGAUAUGAUGCGUGGGGAGAUAUACAACAAGUGCAGAUCUUUGUAACUUCGUUGUUGCAGUAUCAGCUAUUCAGCUUUUUGACAUUAUAUUUAAUCUCUGCUUUAAUCUGCUUUAAUGUAUAAAGCAGGGUCUUGUAAGUUCCUCAAUGCUGGUUAUCUUUCACAUAAUGGCUAACUACACAGGUAGUUGAUUUACUUGAAUUUGUAGAGGAUGAUGCAACUUUUGUAUGAUAUGUCCGUUUUCCCCAUACUUGAAAACUUGUGGCUUUUAUCAUCACUUAAUUGGUAAUUAGAUCCUACACGCGACAUUUAUGCCCA